UGGCGUGGCGUGGGGUGCAGCUCGGCAUCGAUCGUCCCGUCUCUCGUCCGCGAUAGCCAGCCCAGUGAGGAGUCAGGUCCCCGCGUUUUCCCGUCCCGGAUGUGUCGGGAGCCCCGUGCGCGUUCCCUCGUCCGUGGGCCCCGCCGGCGGCCCGCCGAGUAGCUUUUGGCGGCCACCGAGUGAAGAUGAAGUGCGGUGAUCGGUGAAGUGUCGGAAGAGUGUCACCAUGGGCAACGUUUGUUCCUCAAGGCGGGCCGAUAAGGAUAACGACUCCCUCGUCUCGGAAAGCUCGGCGCAGUACCACGUGGCGGAGAAGGAGGGGGUGGGAGAUGAGUCUCGGCCGGCCGAGAAGUCUUCCACCACCAUCGAACAUCACCCUGCGCCCCCGCGGCCUCAGAAGACGCAACCCGCUCCACCACCAGCCAGUGCCUCAGACGUAACUACCGCAGGCGGUGUCGGAACGGGGGUGCCUGAAAAACCGCCCCGUCCGGAGUCCCGGAUGCCUUCGGGGCUGGCGGGGCUGUCGGAGAAGCUGCAGCGACUCCUGCUCGGGGCGACGGAGCUGACGAAGACGAGCUACCGGUCGCGGAAGAUCGUGGUCUACAUCUGCGCGGCGGACUCGCAGGACUGCUGCGCGGAGAAGGGCGCCCUCCACAACGAGGUCCUCCCCGGGCUAAGGGCCCUCUGCAAGGGCCACGGCUACGAGCUCCACGUGGUCGACCUCCACUGGCGCACCGCCCUCGAGAAGCAGCAGGACCACGAGUUCCCCGAGCUCUGCCUCGGUGAACUUGCAAGGCAGUCAGAGCUGGCCUACAUAAUCCCUGUGCUGUUCCUGAGCAACUCUUUGGGGACGCCGCUUUUGCCGAAGACGAUCGAAGAGCAGGACUUUGAGAUCGCGCUCAGCAAGGCGGAAAACAACGAGCUGCUCAAAAAGUGGUAUGUCAAAGACGAACAUGCCCAACCACCUUGCUACCGGCUCCAGCCAGUGUCCAGUCACAUUCCAGGCUUCCAGACUGAAGGAACAGCCGAAAAAGAAGAAGCACUAAGUGCAUGGAGCUCUGAAAUUGAGAGGAUUCUCUCGGUUAUGAUCGCAGCUUUCUCACAAGAGCAGCGUGACUCUUAUUUAACGACUGUCAUCGAACAGGAGGUACACAAUACAGUUGUGAUGAGUCGGGAACUAGCGAAACGGUGCAUUUGGAUCAACCGCAUUUACACCCAUUUGCCUGAUGAGUCCAAACCUGAGCAAGCUGGUCUUGCAUCAUCAGAAAAGGAACUCAAAAGGAGAUUGGAUAAUCUACAAAGAGACUUAAAAAAUCAAUUAGAUGAGAAACACAUUAUUAAAUUGACUGUCAAAUGGCUGUCUGGAGGCUUAAAUGCUGGAAACCCGGAACACGCACAAUAUCUUUCCUCGGUGAAGGAAAAACUAGAUAAAUAUCUGAAUAGUAUCGUCGAAUCUAUAAUACAAGAAGAUCAGGCGAAGAGUGUAUUUACAUCGCAGUUUGGAAUCGACAAAUCAUUGUUCAAUGAACUCAUGAUCCAGACGUAUUACAGUCAACAAAUGGCCAAAUGUAGUUUUGAUAGAGAGGACAUCCUAUCAAAAAUCCAAAGUUACCUUACGUCCAAGAAUGAUUCCAAAUCGCUAGUAGUUCAUGGACAAAGAGGUUGCGGCAAGACUACAGUCUUGGCUCGCACCGUCAAAAGUUGCCAAACAUGGCUUGUGGACUGUGCCAUAGUAGUACGAUACGCUAACAUAUCCCCGCAAAGUAGUAGCCUACCGCAGCUGCUCAGUAGUGUGAUCCAACACAUCAGCGCCCUGAACAAAGGCCAACAAAUUGUUGCGAAACACAACCUAGAGACUUACAAACAAAUACUGCCAACCUUACUUGCCUCAAAUGUUCCAGAUAGAAAUCUAGUCAUAAUCAUAGAUGGUCUCGACCAAGUUAAAUUCUCCAAUUGCGACUGGUUACCUGAAACACUGCCAUCGAACGUCAAACUGAUUUUCUCUGUUUGCGACCAGUCUUCAUUGUACGAUCAGCUUGUGAAAUUGGACGACCAAAUCACUUUCUUGAAAGUUCCUGAGCUGUGCCAAAAUGAAGCCGAGUCAAUUCUCCUCUCCUCGGUUAUGGAAUAUAGUCACAACAUGGACAAAAAGUUGAAAGAGUCGCUCAAACCGACAAUCAAAGAAUACACUCUGCCUCUGUACGUCAAAGUUUUAGCAUGGCAGGUAUCAUGGUGGAACGAUAUAACGAGUGUAGGUGAUCCAGCGAAACAGCUGAAUUUUUUUCUUGACCAGCUAGAAACAAUGUUCGGGAAGGAGAAAAUUGAAAUCACUUUCGCUCUGUUAUCGAAUUCAAACUUCGGGCUGACGGACUCUGAAAUACUUGACUUGAUAUCACGCGAGAAAGUAUUUCAUUCGCCUGCGACCUAUCUUGUCUGGGCACCGGCGUGUUUGUUUUGGGCAGCGCUGAACAAACGCAUCAACCCGUUCUUGAACUGGUUUUUAACUGAAAGGGAUUCGGCCGUAAGGUGGCAAGACGAGACUAUCAAGCAGUUAAUUUCGGAACGUUACAAGUACAAAAAAGUCUGGGCACUAGAGACGUUAAGGAAAUACUUUAAAGAAGAGUUUUGGAAUAAAACAAAUGAUGCCAAGCUGAGCGCUAGGUUUUUAUCACAGCCUCUACAAUAUUCUCACUGCUACAAUCAAAGAAAGCUAGAUGAACUGCCAACUUUAGAACUCAAACUCAACAAUUCAAUAAAAAUUCAGUAUUUGGAAAAUUUAUCAUGGGUCUACAGUAAAAUUUGUGGCUCCUCUGUUCUCAAUGUCCUGGAUGAUAUUUACCUAGAGGAGAGCAUCAUUAAAUCAGAUGCGAAUGUCUCAUGGCUCCAAAAUUUUUUAGAAACUUGCUCAACUGCACUGAAUUACGAUGGUCGACAAUUUUACGCACAAGCCAAUGUUUAUAUAUCACAGCACUCUGAUUCCACAUGUCCUUUUCAACAGAAACUCAAAACUGCCACUGAAAAUCCACCUGUGCUUUCACUUGUUCCAAACGCCUUAAGCGAGGAGAAUAUCUCCGAAAAGGAAAAAACAGACUCUGUCUACUUCAAUGAUGUUCAACGACUGCCAGAGGGUGAUACUUAUGUUGUCACAAUAUCAACAGCAAAUGAGGAAAUUGCAGUAUGGAAUAUUAAAACGUGUGAAAAAGUGAGGACUUUGCGAGGGAUUCCGCAGCCCAUAACGCUGCAAAUGAUUGAUAAUUACCGAUGUGUUGUUCUAUGCAAGAGAGAGCUGAGGACCUAUGAUCUCAAUACCGGCACCCUCUUGACAAAACUGAAAGGUGUGAUGAAUCAAAAAAUGCCAUAUUAUGGUCUCCAUGAUGCCAAUCAUUUGGUGUCAUUGUCAAGAAACCGUAUGUACGUGAAUCUCAUGAAUAUCGACAGCGGGGAUCUCGUCACUUCAUUCAAAGCAGGAGAGGACCGGUUCCUCAAUUCCUUGCUCGUUUGCGGUGAUGGCAGAGUUCUUGUUUGCGGUGAUGAAACUCAGAAGCCGUUCCCUCUGUUGGUAUGGAAUCUAGCAUCGCGCAAAUUAUUGUAUGACCUGAGGAUUCCACAUCAUGAUUUCAUUACGAGUCUUGCGGCCAUAACUUAUGAAGGACAUUAUGUAUGCUGUGUUGCCAAGGAAGUUGAUGAGCCAGGACCAAACUUCAUCGUAGUUUAUGAUUUACAAUCAGGCACGCUUUUCAAAAAGUGGAAACCAGGCGUAAAUUGCGUUUCUCUAGACAUAUCAUCAAAAGAUGGGUGCGUCUUAAGCGGGCACGAAGAUGGACGAAUUCUCGUCUGGGAUCUCAUAACCGGUAACUGUCGGUGGACAUUAAAAGGUCACUCAGCUCCUGUCACUCUGCUGCGGCUUGACUCUCGAGGUGGCGCCUUUCUAUCGUCUGAUUCAGAAGGCAGAGACAUGUCCAUCAGACUGUGGAACUUAAAUAAUGGUGAGCUUACAGCCGUGUUCACUCCAUCGAACAGAAUUACCGCCUCUGAAGUGCUGCCAGGUGGGUCGUGCAUAGUUUUGGGAACAGAAGGCUCAUCAAACUUGACAGUGCUUCGACUUGUGGGUCCAAACGCCCCUUCACAGACGAAACCAGACCAGCCAGAGGUGUACGGGCUGCCCGAGAACGCAAACAAAGUGUUCGACUUGACUGAAGAACGGUGACAGAAAGACUCUGUCUCGUCCGAAUUUUAGAUAAGUCCUAAUCAAGCAGGUCUUGAUUCCUUAGCUGUAGGUCUCAUUGUUACCUUUUUCACUCUCUCGUCCUAAUUCUCUUUCUAUUUCUUCAUCUAUUCUAAGGUCCUUUGUUUUUUUUUUUUUGUUAUGAAUUUGAAAGUUUUAUCGAGUAUUACCAGUUUUCGGGUUCUUUUUCUUUAACCAUUUGUUGGAAACAAAAUGCUAUAUUAGAGUUUCAUUCAUGCAAGCUAACCAGAAAGAGAUUCCAAAAACACCCGAGGGGGAGGAAGCGCAACUAAUAUUUUCAAGUGUCCGCUGGGAAAGAGACUCCCACCAGUUUUUUCUCUAAUUUUACAUUGUAUCAUCGCAUUUUUUUUAAUAGGUGUAUCAGAAACUGACAUGAUAAGAUAUCGUUAGGGAUAUUUCGGGUUUGAUGUGGAAUUGACAAUAAAAACCAGUCGUGCGUUUGCAGAAAUGAUGCCUGUUUGAAAUUUUGAGCGGAAAUUGCAAUUUUUAUCGCACAUCCUUGAAUUUAUAAAUUGAAAAAAAUGAAGUUGGACUCUUGUUCUUUUCCACGAUUCUCUUCAUUCUUUUUCUUCUUACUUUUUUUAAGGUUAAAUUUUAAAUGGAGAUCACUCUUAACAUGAUCAGGAAUCAAUCGUCUGCAACAACUCUAGAAUUUAGUUUUUUUUUUUUUAAUUUAGCGUUUGUGUACAAUCUGUUUCAUCCUUAUUGUUUUUUUCCUGUCUCUCUAUUUUUUAUCAUCCCAUCCAAUUUUAUUACUUUUGCCAACUAUUAACUAACCAUUUUUUUUAUCCAAAACUGAACUGAUCUGCUAUUUAUUUGUUCUCCAAACUCUGAUAUUAAUCCAACCAAGCCUAAUUUUUUGUCGCUUUUCAAUUUUCUGUUCCGAGUAUACUUAUAUGACUCAGAACAGAACCUUGAGUCUAUGACCAAACUUUUUCUAUCUCUCUUGUUAAUUUCUCAAUUUUUUCCUGCUUAGAUCGAAGAGGAAAUAUUCAAAUUGUAGGAUGAAUUUUCUGGUUCAGUUAGAUUGCAUUUCAUGUCUUUUUAAUGUGUACGUUACUCACGCUAGAGAAUUUUUUUUUCUUUGUAUCAAUAUAUUUUUCGAUUGUCUUCUCUUUGUAAUUCAGCGCACAGAUAUUUUUCAAUAAUUUUAAAGAAUAAUUAUUCGCCAAUAGAGAAGAACUUAGAUCGUAGAUUUCAAUUGGAGGUACAUUAUAACAUUUUUUUUUUAACUUGGUGGUGUUUUUUUUCUGUAUCUUCACAAUUUGACAUAGGUAGCUGUAAGCUCAGUCAAAUGCGUGUGAUUUUAUGGAAACUUCAUCAUUUUAACUGCCAUUAUCUCAAGCAUUACAAACUACUUAAACCUUUUUUGCUGCAAACCUUGCUUCUCGGAGAACAGCUGUGGCCAAAAAUGAAGUGAUCUAUUCAACUCCUAUCUGCCCGCCUUAGCUCAUGAAUAAUAUCCAGUUAAUUCACAAGUGAAAACAUGGUCUAGAUUGAGUCAAUUUCAAUUUUGAUAGAAGUUUUGCUCUGAACGAAAUCACUAUUUUUUACUUCCCAGUCCUACAAUGGAAAAAUAUAAUUCUGUUUUCAUCAUAAAGAAAUCUUACAGCCAAAGCACCUGUGUUUUCGGCAGGUUAAUUACAAUGGAAACCAUGCUGUAUUAUUUCUCACAUGAAUUUGUCCCUCUUUUUUAACGGUUGAAAUCAAAAAGUCAAUGCAAAAUUCCUGUGAUCAUUUUCAAAAUAAAUAUGCACAAAGGUAAAUAUAUUUUUUCCCUGGUGAUGGCUGGCCCAUGUGAGGGAGUGCGCACAUAGAAAACUUUGCACAAUUACAAACAUCUGCUCAUCGUAUUGAUCUUACUUGUAUGUACUGUUUUUUAACUUUCUCGAUCGAUCAGUGAUUUCUUUUCAAGUCUUUCAAUUUCAUGUUGAUCAUGAUGAAUCAGUGUUAAGUGUCUCUCAAUUGUGUCGAAAAUAUGUCGCAACUUUUGGUCUUCGUGCAGAAUCUUCAAUUGUUGUUCAUCUUGGCUUCAUUGUCCUCUGCUACAUUACUUUUUAGUCUCAACGUUUUGAUGUUAAGAUAAUUUAAAAUUGAAUGAAUUUUGAUAUAUUUAGCUUAAAUGCAAGCGGUGAAAUUGCUCUCCGCUUGAUCAGUAUGAAGAAAUUACUGCGCACGUAAUUCAGCGCUUGAUUUUUAUAUUCUUUGAUAUGGUGUUCCUUACAGCCUCUAGAGUACAAGGAGUUUUUGAAAUCUAAUUUUUUACGUGCAAACCUCUAGGAAAACAGGGCUGAACAGCAAAUAUUUUUCAAUUUUUAUGAUUGGAAUAUCUAGUAUAAACAUCUGAUCGGUGAUCAAGGAGAUUUUUUGUUUCCUUGCAUGCCAGGAAGAUAAGACAGACAAAAAGAAUCAAAUUAUUUUGAAUGAUUAGCAGCAAGUAGCGCAGUGUCCCCACGCAUAAAGCAUCAGUUCCAUUUCUCCUCUAGAAAACGCGUCUAAGAAAGAAGAAAAAUUAACUUUUCAGCCCUGCUUUUUUGAGAUUGGCAUGUGUAAAAGAUCGACAUUAAAAAGUCAUCUUUGUCACCCUUAGGAGCAGCAUAUCAAACAAAAUCAAAAUUUAGCCAACUUCAAAAAUCUCGGUUCUUUGUGCAUAGUCCUUUCAAAAGAAGCGAUAAUAAUUCAUACCUUGAUUCAUUGCUGGAGAAAUGAAAUCUCAUAGAUUGUGCCAUAACUUUAUUUUCGUACACAAUUUGUUUAAGAAAAACAGCCUUUAACUCCUGAAACAAGCGCGUAUUAAUAUUUCUUUCUUUCUGAUCAGGGAUUUCUCUUUAUCAGAUUUUACGCUCACAUAAUAUUGCUGCAAAUAACGCCAGUAAAAACAAAAAAACGGGAAGGUCGUAUUUUCUACUUACAAAGUUGUCAGGGCUCUUUUAAAACUUCUUUGGCCUUUUCGAGCCAAAUUCUCUCUGAGCUUCAAAUUCUGUUUUGCCUUUGAUCAUUUUCAAGGCUGGUUCCUUAAAAUGUGUUUUUAUUGGAAACUGCUGUAUUUUUGUACUUGCCCUCUUGUAAUUUUCAGUCACAUUAAUUCAAUUAUGAGUACGGUCUUUGAACUAAUGAUGUUGGAAGUCCAAAUUGAACUUUGAAGAAUGCGUGAAAUGAUGAAAAGGUCUCCGGCAAUUUUUAUUAAGAGGAGAAAAAUGUUGAAUUUUAAGGAGAAAGACUCUCGUUUUCAUUCUAGCUUAAGUUUGCAGUGGAGAGAUUGUCAGAUUUUCCUGUGAACCAUAUUUUCAAUCAUUUCAUGAGGAUUUUUAUUUCUUCUUGAAUAACGUCAAAGACAUGAUAAUUCCAAGUGUUUUGUAAGGCUAAAAAAUCAUUGAUCGUACCAUUUUAGUGCGAAUCAUAACAUCCUACUGGAACGAGAUCCGCUAUGAAGCUUGAGCAACUUUUUUAAAUUUCACUUGACUCAUUUCAUUACUCAAGAUUCACCUCUCCAUUCCAUUCUGUCAAAUGAAUGUAUGAGCCUCAGCUGCUGAAAGUUUAAGUAAGAUAUCUGUUAUCUUUUUCCAACCUGAAAAUGAAUAGGUAUUUUGUGCGAUUAGAAUCAAUACAGCUUCGUGCCAAGGCGCAUCAAACCAACGGUUUUUUAAUUUUUUUUAUUUCAAUCUCUUUUUCUUCUCUCUCACUCUUAGAGUACCAUAAUAUUGGUCAGGUUUUCCUAAGCCAUCAGAUUUUUUCCUUAUCCAUUCAUUAUACCAACACUGAUUCUGAAAAAUGUUUUCAUCGGAAAUUUAUUUCAAUAUCGAAAUAAAUGAGGGCUUUCCAUUGAAUAAAUCUGUACCUAUCAAGCAUUUUUUUCUGUAGAAGGUAUUUUCGUACCUACAUAGUGUAUUUUUCUGCAAUGUUACCAUAGAUAUUUUGAGAUUUUUUUUUCCACUUUAACUCACAAAUCCAUUCAAUUCUCAUCAAAAUUUGUGAAGAGUCAAUGUCCUGUAUGGUAUACCUUGGUGCUGUCUCUGUUCCAGAGGCAUCCAUCUCGAGACCUCAAAAUCAGGAGAGGAAAUUUUGCUAAUCAUAAAAUUCAGAAUAAUCAAACGUGAAUGGCUCCAGAUUGUCAUGAGGUCCUCCUCACAAAUUAAUCUUUCUCUUCUAUCAUCUAAUGUUCAUGUUCUCUGUUAUCACGUUGUAUUAUUUCCGUAGUUUUAGUGAGCCCAACCCAUCUGGUAUGAGGUUGAGGUUUCAGCUUUUGUUAAUUGAAUUAUCAAUAAAAGUAUGUUUAAUGGAUAUUAUUAAAAAUAUGCAUAUGUUACUGUUA